ACUAAAAGCGAAUCAAGUCAGAUAGUUUUGAAUGUCAACAGAAUUACUAGUCAAAUUACCGUGAGAGUGGAAUCCCAAAUGUGAAUAAAAGGGAAGUGCUGAAGCAUCAAAUGUGUGCUCUAUACCCAUUAAUUUAGAUAAUCUCCCCUCUUUUCCAGCUUCUCCCAUAUCUGCAAUCUAAUUUGACAGGAUUUAAGCAAUUGGAAAUCCUCAACUUCAGGAAUGGUAGUGUUGUGGUGAACAGCAAGAUGAAAGUAGAGAAAGAUGUGCCACAUAACCUGACACAGGCCGUUCACUGUGUGCUCGAAGACUUCUGCAACGCUGCAUCCAAACGACUAGACAUUGAGAUUGACAGUCGCUACCUGGACAUAGAACCUGCUGACCAAGCAGAUCCCUGCAAGUUCUUGGCCUGCAAUGAGUUCUCCCAAUGUGUGGUAAACAGUUGGACCCAGGAGGCUGAGUGUUUGUGUGACCCUGGCUACAGCACUACGGACGGUCUGCCCUGCCAGAGUAUUUGUAACUUGGAGGAAGAAUACUGCUUCAACGGGGGCCUUUGUGACAUCAUCCAGGGUCAUGGAGCCACCUGCAGAUGUCCUGUAGGGAAAUACUGGCACUAUCACGGAGAGCGCUGCAAUGAGCUGGUGUCGCUGCCUGUAGAUCCAGCCAUUUUCAUAGCCUGCCUGGUGGGAAGCCUCACCUUGGUUUGUGCCAUCAUAGGCAUCUUGGUAUUCAUAAACAAGAAAUGUUUCGGGAACCGAAAGACUGUGACUUUGGUGCAUACAAUUGCUCCCUAUGCCUUUGAGAACACAUUGAGAGUGAACCCUGUUUUUGAAAAUGACGAUGGCAUCUUGACUCAAGUAUCCAGCAUAAGUACACCAGCACCCUCGAGUAGUGGUGCUGGUUCUUCCCAAACAUCAGAGCAAGAAGCUUUUCGCGCUAUUGAAAAUAUACAUCUAAGUAUUGAGAUCCCCAGACAGCUCUACACAACCAGACCCGACAAGCUAGUCUCUGAAAUGGUAGAUUUCCAUCACUGUAUACCACACAACGAGACGUGGCGACCACCAAAUGAGUACCGAACCUGUUGCCUGUUAAGGGCAUCAGAAAACGAAUGCUUUGAGGUAACUGUUCUUUGAUGGCAAAUUUCUUGGCACCAAGAGUCUUGGUUGCUUUGAACUUGAGCGGUAUACUCAAAAUAUAUCUGGUCUCUUGGAAAUUCAAGUCAUGGCAGAGGACUCAUCUAUUACUGGAAUUACUGCAUACAUUACAUGGAGACGUGUACCUGGAAUCGGAUGUUACUGGAAUUACUGCAUACAUGGAGAAGGGUACCUAGGAUUGGAUGCAUAUUGCAGAUGGCGUGUGGAUAUCACAUGCUGGACUAGAAGGUUGUGUUAAGGUAUACCCAUCUAAUUAUACACAGAGUAUUUUCCUAACAUUGAGUUGCACCCACCCCUUUUUGCCAUCAGAACAGCCUCAAUUCGUCGGGGCAUGGACUCUACAAGGUGUCGAAGGCAAUCCAUAGGGAUGCUGGCCCAUGUUGACUCCAAUGCUUCCCACAGUUGUCUCAAUUUGGCUGAAUGUCCUUUGGGUUGUGGACCAUUCUUGAUACACACAGGAAACUAAUGAGCAUGAAAAACCCAGCAGCGU